AUGGAGGGCUCCGCGGAGGAAGAGUACAAGGAAAAACUAUUAUGGAGCGUCAAACGAGAGGUGAAGCAGAUCAUGGAGGAGUCUGUGACCAAGAAGUUUGUCCACGAAGACAGCAGCCACAUCAUCGCCCUGUGCUCGGCGGUGGAGGCGUGUCUGGGUCACAUGUUGAAGCGUCGCGCGGCCGGGUUCCUCCGAAGCGACAAAACCGCCGCCCUCUUCACCAAAGUGGGAAAAGUCUACGACGUCGCCGGAGACGUUUGCCACAAAGUCCAGGAACAGCUCAACCAGCAGAGCGAGCUGAGCAGACGGAGCCAGAGCGUGUCGUCCUCCCAUGAGCCUUUGCGGCGUCAGGCCUCUUCCUCUUCCUGUCGAGCUCCGCCCCCUCUCUCCCCUCAGGCCGUCCGCCAUAUUUGGGUCCGGACGGCGCUCUUCGAGAAGGUCCUGGACAAGAUCAUCCAGCACAUCGUGGAUAACUCCAGUAAAUAUUAUGAGAAGGAGGCUCUGAUGCACGACCCGGUGUACGGCCCCAUCCUCGCCGCUCUGCUCGUGGGUCCGUGCGCGCUGGAGUACACCAAACUCAAAACCUCCGACCACUUCUGGACCGACCCCUCGGCCAACGAACUGGUCCAGAGACACCGCAUCCACGGAGCCCACCGCAGCCAGGAGUCGACCACGGGGAGGAGGCCCGCGCUGGGGAUCCGGAAGCGGCAGUCGAGCGGCAGCAUGUCGGAGGAUCGCUUCGCCGCGUCCGCCCGAGAGUACGUCGAGUCUCUGCAUCAAAACUCCAGAACGCACCUCCUCUACGGCAAGAACAACGUGCUAGUGCAACCGAAGAAGGAGAUGGAGGUGCUGAGGGGGUAUCUGUCUCUGCAUCAGUCUGGAGAUAAUCUGACCUUAAAGUGGACGCCAAACCAACUCAUCAACGGCACCCUGGGCGACUGCGACCUCGAGAAGAGUAUUUACUGGGACUAUGCUCUGACUGUUCCUCUUCGUCAGAUCGUCUGUCUUCACUGUCACCAGCGACCUGACUGUGGUGGCACACUGGUUCUGGUGAGUCAGGACGGGAUACAGCGCCCCCCUCUGCUCUUCCCUCCCGGGGGGCACCUCCUGGCGUUCCUGUCGUGUCUGGAGACGGGUCUGCUGCCCCGGGGUCAGCUGGAGCCGCCCUUGUGGUCACAGAAGGGAAAGGGUAAGGUUUUCCCAAAGCUCCGUAAACGCAGCAGCACGGCACGACUCUUGGAUCAGGAUCGACCCGGAGACGAGGAAACCGCCGCGGACUACGUGUUCAGGAUCGUUUACCCGGGAUAUCGCUACGACGCCAUUACCAUAAACUACCACCACUCGACGGGGAGCCGCGCUCCGUCUCUGGACGACGACGAGGAAGAAGAAGAUCGACUCCACGCCAUGAUCUCAAUGAUCUGCUCCCGGAACCUCACGAACCCGAACCACAAAGGUUAUCCCUCUGUUCAUCCCUCCAUCCUCUCCUCUAUCCUCAUCCCUCUAUCCUCCUCACGCACCCGAACCACAAAGGUUAUCCCUCUUUGUAGUAGUAGUAGUAGUUGUUGUAGUUGUAGUAGUAGUAGUAAUAGUAGUAGUAGUAGUUGUUGUUGUAGUUGUAUUCACGAGAGGGUUCCUCUCAAGAUGUUGUGUCAAAACAUGAAGAGGCAGAUCGUCUCCAGAGCCUUCUACGGAUGGCUGGCGUACUGCAGACACCUGUCCACCGUCAGGACUCACCUGUCGGCUCUGGUCAAUCACACUAUCGUUCCUCCAGAUCGACCGUGUGAGGCGUCAGGAGGCCUGAGCAAAGAGGUGUGGAGCAAGUACCAGAAGGACUGCAAGAAUUACAAAGAGCUGGAGCUGCUGCGGCUGGUGUACUACGGAGGCGUCCAGCACGAGAUCAGGAAGGAGGUGUGGCCUUUCCUUUUGGGACACUACAAGUUUGGGAUGAACAAGAAGGACCUGAGCCAGGUGGAUGCCCGCGUGUCCGAGCGUUACCAGCAGGUGGUGCGUGAGUGGAAGGCCUGUGAGCUCAUCGUGAGGCAGAGGGAGAAGGAGAUGCAGUCGGCCAUCUUUGCCAAACUGUCGUCAGGAAGCAGCAUCGACAGCCACGUCCUGAGACUCGUGCACAGAGACUCUACGCUCAGUAACGAGGUCUUCAUGUCGGUGGAUGAACCUGACGGAGCCCAGAGCCCCCCCAGCACCGAGGACACGCCCCCCGCCACCACCACCCUGCUCCCCCCACACGCCCUGCCCCCUGAAGAGCGCCCCCUGCUGGAGUUUGACUCUCCGGACUCAGGCCUGCCCUCCUCCAGGAACUACUCCGUGACCUCCGCCCACUCGCAAAUCACAUCCAGUACAGAGGAGGAGCCGGGGACCAACGAGGAGAACCAAGAGGAGAACCAAGACCCGGGAGACCAGACCGGGACGGAGACCAGGACCAGAGACACGGACAGGCUCUGCUCUCAGCUCGACAGACUGGUCACCAACGGAGACAGAGCGGAGAAGACCUCGCCCUCUCUGUCGUCUUACACGAUCGAGCUGCUGGACACUGUGGCUCUGAAUCUCCACAGAAUCGACAAAGACGUUCAACGAUGUGACAGGAACUACUACUACUUCAGCACCGGCAACUUAGAGAAGCUCCGGAACAUCAUGUGCAGUUAUGUUUGGGAACAUCUGGAGACGGGAUAUGUCCAGGGAAUGUGUGACCUCCUCGCCCCUCUUAUGGUCAUUCUGGACGAUGAGUGCCUGGCGUACAGUUGUUUCACUCAGCUGAUGAAGAGGAUGAGUCAGAACUUUCCAAACGGAGGAGCCAUGGACACGCACUUCGCCAACAUGAGGUCUCUGAUCCAGAUCCUGGACUCUGAGCUGUUUGAGUUGAUGCAGCAGAAUGGAGACUACACUCACUUUUACUUCUGCUACAGAUGGUUCCUCCUGGACUUUAAGAGAGAGCUGCUGUACGAGGACGUGUUCGCCGUGUGGGAGGUCAUCUGGGUUUCUCCGCGCGUCUCCUCGCGCCACUUCGUCCUGUUCUUGGCGCUGGCCCUGGUCACGGUCUACAGAGAGAUCAUCAUCCACAACAACAUGGACUUCACGGACAUCAUCAAGUUCUUCAACGAAAUGGCCGAGCGUCACGACGUCCAGAACAUCCUGAAGAUCGCACGAGAACUGGUCCAUAAAGUCCAGUCUCUGAUGGACCCGAAGUGAUCCACAACCAGACCAAGUCUAGACCAGGUCUAAACCAGAGA